GGUUUGAGACUACCAUUAGACCUCAUGAUGUGUUUCUAAGCAUGACUUUAGCUAGCCAACCUUGCCAUGACAUCGCUUACAAGUUUGCGGACUAAACUCCACCUUCUUCGGUGAAGGAAGGUUCUGAUGAACUUUACCAAUAGAGCCCCACGUUGGAGGUGUUAUGUUAUAACACCCAUAAAACCUAGCGGACAAACCGGGAAAUGGUUCAAUCGUUUCUCCACCAUUUAUUUUUCCCGUAAGGGAAUUUAAAUAGCCCUUAUUUUAAGUGUUUCUUUUUGUGUAGGUUUACCCUGGAGUGACGUUUUGAUAAUCCUGUAAAUCUCUCUCGGGCAAGGUUUAUUCAAUGCCGUACAGACGUUACGUCAGCAUUUGUGGAGCGAUCCCCUCACAUGACCAGAAAACGGAAGUGGCAUUUGAAGCCUCGUAAACAAUCGCUCUCUGACUGUCUCUUUCAAACAAACCGUGAUACAAACGAAAAGAAAACCACAAUUUAAUCGUGAUUUAUCAAGAUCUAAGUUGGGAUAGUCACCGGGAUCUCUGCUCGUCGAACUGUGAGACGGUAGGAGAGAGCGAGAGAGAAACAGAGACAGAGAGAGAUGGGUCUGUCAGAGAAAGAAGAGUGUGUCUUGUUGGAUCAAAAGCUGCUUGUCUUUAUGGACCAACUGGAGCUGCUGGAGGAGAAACGAGAGAGACUCAACUCUCUAAUAGAACAGGGAUGGUUCUCCAUGUCCAAAGCGAGGUAUUCGAUGGGCAACAAGCAGGUGUCUGCUCUGCAGUAUGGGAGUGAGAUGGAACCUCUGGUCCGAGUGCACACCAGGACUCUGGAGAGUGGUGAGGCCGAGUUCCAGACAAAGAGAAGGACGCUGAAGUCUCCUCAAGAGAGACAGGUGGAGGACAUUGGACCUAAAGACAAGGAGGGUGUGAGGAGAAGAGUGAAGACGCAGGAGGUUCCAGAGAUAGACCAGAGUGACAACAAGCAUCCGUUGACAGAGACUGAGCCGGCUCCCUCCUCCAAACCUGAAGCCAACCCCCAGCAGGACCCACUGAAGUGGUUUGGAAUCCUGGUGCCUCAGACCCUGAAACAGGCCCAGGCCUCAUUCAAACAGGUGGUAGAGUUGUCAGCAGAGGUGGCUACUCUCCAGUCUGCAGUCCUGACCACCAGACAACAGUUGCAGAUGAAACAGAAGAGCAGCAGCCAGACCCCGGACCUGACUGACUGACAGACUGACCUGACUGACAGAUGGACCAGACGGACAGAUGGACCAGGUUGACCAGACGAACCAGGUUGACCAGACGGACCAAACUGACCAGACUGACCUGACUGACCAGAUCAUGGUUUAGCGUACACAGCCACUCUCUCCCACAUAGUAUAGUAGUACUUCUGUCUAGAGCACUUUAUACAAAGGCUGAGGGGGCUGCAGCACCCCUGAUAAAUAAAUACAAAAUAUACAAAUAAUAAAAUAGACAUCUUUUUUUAUCACAA